AUGAGGGUCUUCACAAUACGGGGAAUAUGGCAGCAGGUUCCCACCCAGACUCAUGGAGACCACACCAGCCAAUCAGGCCCUCCAGGUGACCUGCCAGUCAGAAACAGUGCAGGGCUCUUCCGGGCAUCCACCUUCAAACUCGGCUUUGUGGAGAAGCUUGUGCCAGUUGUUUCCUGUGCUGUGGUGAAGUUGCUGCUGCAGGGAGAUGAUGAACUGAGAGUUUUGGUGAUUUGGGGAACCACAACAUGCCCAAGCCUGGCUUUAUUCCUUGUGGCCCUACUGAUUUAUUUUGGCCUGAAGGCAGUGACCUAUGAUGAUGUGCAUAUCAACUUCACUGAGGAAGAGUGGAAUUUGCUGGAUCCUUCCCAGAAGAAUCUCUACAAAGAUGUGAUGCUGGAGACCUACAGGAACCUCACUACUAUAGGAUAUAUUUGGGAAGAACAUAAUAGUAAAGAACAUUGUCAACGUUCUAGAAGACAUGAAAGGAUUGAAAGAAGUAAUUCUGGAAAGAAACGUUCAGUACAUCCUCAAUGUGUUAAAGCCUUGGCAUAUGACAGUCAGCUUCAGAGGAAUAAAAGAACACAUGAUAGUAAGAAACCCUAUGAAUCUAAUCGGUGUAAUAAAGUCUUUGUUCAUCACAAUGCUCUUCAAAUGCACAAAAGGACACAUACUGGAGAGAAACCCUAUGCAUGUAAUCAGUGUGGAAAGGCCUUUGGAGGGCCCCAUACCCUUCCAUUGCAUAAAAGAACAAAUACUGGAGAGAAACCCUAUGAAUGUAAUCAGUGUGGUAAGGCCUUUGCUCACCACAGUGCUCUUCAAAGGCAUAAAAGAUCCCAUACUGGAGAGAAACCCUAUGAAUGUAAUCAGUGUAAUAAGGCCUUUGCUGAAAACAGUCAUCUUCAAAAUCAUAAAAGAAUACAUACUGGAGAGAAACCUUAUUCAUGUACUCAGUGUGGUAAGGCCUUUGCAUAUCACAGCAAUCUUCAAUCGCAUAAAAGAACACACACUGGAGAGAAACCCUAUGAAUGUUAUCAGUGUGGUAAGGCCUUUGCUCAACACAGUGGUCUUCAAAUGCAUGAAAGAACUCAUAGUGGAGAGAAACCCUAUGAAUGUAAUCAGUGUGGUAAGGCCUUUGCACGUCACAACAAUCUUCAAUUGCAUAAAAGAACACACACUGGAGAGAAACCCUAUGAAUGUAAUCAGUGUGGUAAGACCUCUGCUCAACACAGUGCUCUUCAAAUACAUGAAAGAACACAUACUGGAGAGAAACCCUAUGAAUGUAAUCAGUGUGGUAAGGCCUUUGCUCAACACAGUGCUCUUCAAAGUCAUAAAAGAUCACAUACUGGAGAGAAACCCUAUGAAUGUAAUCAGUGUGGUAAGGCCUUUGCUGAAAACAGUACUCUUCAAAAUCAUAAGAGAACACACACUGGAGAGAAACCCUAUGAAUGUAAUCAGUGUGGUAAGUCCUUUUCUCAACACAGUAAUCUUCAAAGGCAUAAAAGAUCCCAUACUGGAGAGAAACCCUAUGAAUGUAAUCAGUGUGGUAAGACCUUUGCUCAACACUGUCAUCUUCAAAGGCAUGAAAGAUCCCAUACUGGAGAGAAGCCCUAUGAAUGUAAAGAGUGUGGUAAGGCCUUUUCUCAACACAGUAAUCUUCAAAUGCAUAAAAGAUCCCACACUCGAGAGAAACCCUAUGAAUGUAAUCAGUGUGGUAAGGCCUUUGUUCAACACAGUGCUCUUCAAAGGCAUCAAAGAACACACACAGGUGCGAAACAGUAUGCGUGA